AUGUCAUUAUUUACUGAUGAAAAUAAUGUAAUAAUUAAUAAUGGUAAAGUUAUGAAAAAAAGGGCUAAGACGGUUGAAGAACGUUAUCAAAAAAAAACUCAAAUUGAACAUAUUUUAUUGCGUCCUGAUACAUAUAUAGGUAGUAUAGAAUAUCAUGAGCAAAGUUUGUGGGUUUGGGAUGAAAUAAAUAAUAAGAUGGUAUAUAAAUUAAUAAAUUAUGUUCCAGGAUUAUAUAAGAUAUUUGAUGAAAUUUUGGUAAAUGCCGCAGAUGUUAAGGCUAGAGAGAUCUCAAUGAUAAAUAAUGAAAGAUGUACCUGUAUAAAAGUUGAUAUUAGUAAGAGUAACAAGAGAAUUAGUAUUUUUAAUGAUGGAGAUGGGAUUCCUGUUGAAAUACAUAAGGAAUAUGGUGUUUAUGUACCAGAACUAAUAUUUGGCCACUUAUUAACAUCAGAUAAUUAUGAUGAUAAUGAAGAUAGAGUCACAGGAGGUAGAAAUGGAUUUGGUGCUAAGUUAACAAAUAUAUUUUCAACUGAAUUUUGUGUUGAGUGUGCUGAUUCAAAUAGCUGUAGGCUAUUUAAGAUGACUUGGUUUGAUAAUAUGUCAAAGAAAACUGAUGCAAUCGUAACUAAUUAUAAUGGGAAGUCUUAUGUUAAGAUAAGUUUUAAACCAGAUCUUGAUAGAUUUGCAAAUAUGAGAGAAUUCGAUGGUGAUAUUCUUUCGCUAUUAUAUAAGCGUGUGUAUGAUAUAGCAGGAACUUCUGGUGUUAAGGUAUACUUAAAUGGUAGUUUGUUACCUAUAAAGGAUUUUAAAUCUUAUACAUUAUUAUAUUUAAAAUCAAAAUAUCUUAAUACUCAUAAUAAUUUAAGUGAAGAGAAAACAAAUAGUAACUCUCCUGAUAAAGAAAAUAAUGAGGGAAUUGUUGAUGAAAAUAGUGAGCAAGCAAUAAAAGUAGCUGCUAGGACAACACGCGCGGGUAGGAAUAUCUUAAAUAAAAAGUAUAAUGAUAAAACUUUGUAUGAUGAAGAUAUUGAUGAUAUUUUUGAUGAUGAUGAUGAAUGGGAAGGUAAUAAUAGAUGGAAACAAGGAAAGAAGAACACAACAAAUAAACUAACGGGAAAAAUGAAGACAACUAAGGCUAGAACUGAUAAUGCAACUAAGCAUAAUUUUUCUUUAUCUUUAAAUGGUAUUAAUGAAUUAGGAAAUAAUGGAACUGGACCUUUAAUUAUUUAUGAAGAUCAUCCAAAGUGGGAAAUUGUUAUUAGUGAAUCUGAUGGGCAAUUUCAACAUGUUUCAUUUGUAAAUUCAAUAUGCACAAUUAGAGGUGGUACCCAUAUAUCAUAUAUAUUAGAUCCUCUAAUUGCAGCAAUAUUAAAAAGGGUCCAAACAAAAAAUAAGGGUGGUAUUGAUAUUAAAAACCAUCAUGUGAAAAGUCAUAUCUGGAUAUUUAUACGUUGUUUAAUAGUUAAUCCAUCGUUUGAUUCGCAAACAAAAGAAACUCUUACUACAAAAGUAGCGAAAUUUGGUUCAACGUGCCAAUUAUCCGAAAAGACAAUUAAUAGUGUUGUUAAGAGUCCAAUAGUUGAAAAUGUUUUAAUGUGGGCUCAAAUGAGACAAAGUAUGGAGUUAAAAAAGAAAAUGAAGACAAACCAAAAGAAUUCAUUAUCAAGUCGUCUACUAGGUAUACCUAAAUUAGAAGACGCAAAUGAAGCUGGGGGUCCAAAUUCAAGAAAAUGUACACUAAUACUGACAGAAGGAGAUUCGGCUAAGACAUCUUGCUUGGCUGGUUUAUCUAUUGUUGGACGUGACUAUUACGGAGUAUUCCCAUUGAAAGGAAAACUUCUAAAUGUUAGAGAAGCCUCUUUUAAACAACAGAUAGGAAAUAUAGAAAUACAGAACAUUUUAAAGAUUUUAGGUAUUAGUAUUGGUACCAAAUAUGAAAAUGGCCCAAUUAAUUUGAGAUAUGGAUCACUAAUGUUAAUGACAGAUCAAGAUCAUGAUGGUAGCCAUAUUAAAGGUUUAAUUAUCAAUUUAAUACAUUAUUACUGGCCUAGUUUAGUUCAUUUUAAUGGAUUUCUUAAACAAUUUGUAACUCCAAUUGUAAAGGCAAAAAAAGGAAAUCAAGAGUUGUCUUUUUUUACAUUAGUUGAAUAUGAUAAGUGGAGAAAAGAAAGUAAUCCUCAUGGAUGGAAGAUUAAAUACUAUAAAGGUUUAGGUACUUCGACAGAUCUUGAAUUUAAAGAGUAUUUUACUAAUAUUGAGAAUCACAGUAUAGAAUUUGACUGGUAUAAUGAUGAAGAUGAUGAAGCUAUUGAUAUGGCAUUUAGUAAGAAAAGAACAGAAGAUAGAAAAAAGUGGAUUGAAUCUUACCAAGAAGGUACAUAUAUUGACUACUCAAUGGAUAAUAUUUGUAGGUCAUUACGAUACAGAGAUUUUAUAGAUAAGGAGUUAGUAUUAUUUAGUAGAUAUGACACAGCAAGGUCUAUUCCAAAUGUUAUCGAUGGAUUAAAGCCUGGACAAAGGAAAGUUCUAUAUUCUGUGUUUAAAAAGAAGCUGAAUAAUGAGAUGAAAGUAGCACAAUUAGCUGGUUAUGUUGCUGAACAUAGUGCAUACCAUCAUGGUGAAGCUUCUUUACAGAGUACUAUUGUAAAUAUGGCGCAAGAUUUUGUUGGAAGUAACAAUUUGAACUUACUUCAACCAUGUGGUCAAUUUGGUAGCAGGAAAGAAGGUGGCAAGGAUGCAAGUGCUGCCCGUUACAUAUUUACAAAAUUAUCUACUUGGACUCGUUAUAUUUUCCCAGAAGCUGAUGAUCCAUUGUUGAUAUAUCUGCAAGAUGAUGGUCAACAAAUUGAGCCUUUAUUCUAUGUACCAAUUAUACCAAUGGUCUUAGUUAACGGUGCUGAUGGUAUUGGUACUGGAUGGAGUUGCUCUGUUCCAAACUAUAACCCUAAGGAUAUCAUUAAUAAUCUGAAAAGAGCCUUAAGGGGUGAUAUAAUGAUGCCGAUGACACCUUGGUAUAGAUCAUUUAAAGGGAAAGUUACUCCAAUUAAACAAAAGAAUAGGAAAAAUCUUAGUAAAAGAAAAAAUUUAACUGUUAAAUUGCAAGAUAAUAACAUUGAUAUUUCCCAUAAUAAUGGUACAGUAAGUCAUACAAUUACUGGUUGUUCACAGUCAGAAUUAGAUGAAGAUCAUGUAAUUUUGACUAUAGAUCCUGAUGAUAAUUUAGAAUUAGGUGCAAACUAUGAAACAUUUGGGAAUUGGUAUAGGAAAGAUGAUGAAACAUUAAUAAUUACAGAAUUACCAGUAAGAAGAUGGACUCAAGAUUAUAAGGAGUGGUUAGAAUCUACAUUAUUACCACCUCUAAAUACUCCAGAAGGUGAUGAUAUAGAUCAUUCAUGGAUAAUGGAUUAUCGUGAUAACUCAUCACAUGAUAGUGUACAUAUUACAAUUCGAAUAAAACCUGAUAAAUUCAUACAGGCUGAAAAUGAGGGUAUCGAGAAGGUAUUUAAGCUUAAGUCUACUUUAUCUACAAGUAACAUGACAUUAUUUGAUAAUAACUCCCAUAUAGUUCGAUAUGAAACUGAAUUAGAUAUUUUGAAGGAGUUUAUCCCGACAAGAUUACAAAUGUAUGAGAAAAGGAAACGAUAUUUAUUAUCUAAGCUAAAUUAUGAGAGAGUGAUCUUGGAACAAAAAAUCUUAUUUUUAAACUUGGUUAUAGAAGAUAGGAUGAAAAUUAGUAACAAGUCGAGAUCUAUCCUAGUUCAAGAAUUAAAAAAAAAUAAUUUAAAGUCUUUAAAGGAUAUACAGCUGUUAACAGAAUGGAAUAAUUUUAAAAAUGUAGUAACUGUAGAUCAAUUGGAAAGUAAUAAUUUAGAUGUUGAUUGUAAUAAUGAACAAAUACCUUGUGUAGAUGAUGAAAUAAAGGAAUUUGAUUACUUAUUAUCACUGCCUCUAUGGAGUCUUACAACGGAAAGAAUGGAGUUAUUAAAGGAUGAACUCAAUAAAAAAAUUGCAGAAUAUAAUAAUCUUAAGAAAACAUCUAUUGAAGAUUUGUGGAAUAAAGAACUAGAUGAAUUAUUGAGCGUAAUUGAAUGUGAAGAAACAAAAAGAGAAGUUAUUGAAAUGGAACAUAAGAAGUUAAUCCAAAAAAGAAGACUUUCUAUUGAUUGGAGUGACAAGAAGAGUAAAGGUAAAGAAAAGAAAAGGAAAAAGAGUAAUUCUACUAAACUAUCAAAAUAUAUAUCUAAGAAAUCAAAUAUAUUUUAUGAUAAUAGCGAUGACUAUUGUGAAGAUAAUAUAGAAGAUUGUUUAAAUGAGGAAACAGACGAAGAUUUUAUUUCAAUUAAAAAGACAAAAUCUAAGACAAAAUCUAAUAAUAACAGUAUCUCACUAAUUGGUGGUUUAAAGAAAAAUGUGGUGAAUAAAUCAGUUUCUAUGGAUAGUAGGCCUAAGUUAGGGAAUACACUUAAAAAUGAAGUAAUCCUAUCAUCAACAACUGAGGGGAUUGAUUCAAAACAAGAUGGGAACUCUUCAAAUUCACUGGAAAGUCUCUCUUUAUUGCAAAGAUUACAACAGAGAUAUGGUUCUUCCAACACUCAAGGACCUAACACAGCAACUACCCUGAAUGAUAUACUUCAUCAAAAUAAACAGAAAAAGAUGACAAUUUACUCUACAAACAAGCCAAUUGAGCUUAAACCUAGCAUAAAUAUAUUAGAUAAUAACAAGAAUACAGAAAGAAAAGAAUCCUUAAGAAUUUCCAGUAGACUAGCCGUAACAAGGAAGACAGCAUCUAAAAAAAAUGUUAAGAUCUUCAGUGAGGACAAGAAUGAAGAUGAGAAUGACAAUGAGGAAGAAGAUGAUGAAGUCAUUCAGAUAGAUGAAGAUGAUUCAGAAAGUGAAUCAUUUGAAGAAGAAGAUGAUAUAAGUGACUUCUCUUAUUAA